ACAGAGUUUUGCUUUUAUUGCCCAGGCUGGAGUGCAAUGGCGUGAUCUCGGCCACCGCAACCUCUGCCUCCCGGGUUCAAGCGAUUCUUCUGCCUCAGCCUCCCGAGUAGCUGGGAUUACAGGCAUGCGUCACCAUGACCGGCUAAUUUUUUUUUUUUUUUUUUUGUAUUUUUAGUAGAGAUGGGGUUUCUCCAUGUUGGUCAGGCUGGUCUUGAACUCCCGACCUCAGGUGAUCCACCCACCUCAACCUUCCAAAGUGCUGGGAUUACAGGCAUGAGCCACCGCGCCCGGCUGGCUAUUAUAUCUUUAACACAUCUCCAAGGUUUCCUCAUCUCCAUUUUGAACAGAGAGGGCUUCAGCAGGUUGAUGGACGGAUGGCUACAUGGAUGUGAUGGAGAUGGUUUACUAUCGGGACCUUCCGCAUCCUGCUGAUGUUUUGUUGCUUAGGAUAUGAAUGGCUGAGCGGAGGCUGUAAAACCUGGCACUCUGCUUGGGUUAUCAAUACUCUGGCUGACCAUCAUCAUCGUGGGACUGACUUUGGUGGAAGUCCUUGGUUAGGUAUCAUUAUUGAAUUUCCGAGAAGUUAUAAAGUUGUCAUUACCCUCUGGACAGUUUACCUUUGGGUGUCUUUCCUGAAGACUAUCUUCUGUUCUCGAAAUGGACAUGAUGGAUCCACGGAUGUACAGCAGAGAGCCUGGAGGUCCAACCGACGUAGACAGGAAGGAAAUAAAAUUGGCCUGAAAGACGUCAUUACUCCAUGGAGACAUGUGGAAAGAAAAUUUAGAGCUAAAAUCCGUAAGAGGAAGGUGACAACGAAAAUCAACCAUCAUGACAAAAUCAAUGGAAAGAGGAAGACCGCCAGAAAACAGAAAAUGUUUCAACGUGCGCAAGAGUUGCGGCGGCGGGCAGAGGACUACCACAAAUGCAAAAUCCCCCCUCCUGCAAGAAAGCCUCUUUGCAACCGGGUCAGAAUGGCGGCAGCGGAGCAUCGUCAUUCUUCAGGAUUGCCCUACUGGCCCUACCUCACAGCUGAAACUUUAAAAAACAGGAUGGGCCGCCAGCCACCUCCUCCGACUCAACAACGUUCUAUAACGGAUAACUCCCUGAGCCUCAAGACACCUCCCGAAUGUCUCCUUCGUACCCUUCCACCCUCAGUGGAUGAUAAUAUCAAGGAGUGUCCUCUUGCUCCUCUUCCACACUCUCCUCUUCCACCCUCAGUGGAUGAUAAUCUGAACGAGUGUCUCCUUAUCCCUCUUCCACCCUCUCCUCUUCCACCCUCAGUGGAUGAUAAUCUGAAGGAGUGUCUCCUUAUCCCUCUUCCACCCUCUCCUCUUCCACCCUCAGUGGAUGAUAAUCUGAAGGAGUGUCUCCUUGCUCCUCUUCCACACUCUCCUCUUCCACCCUCAGUGGAUGAUAAUCUGAAGGAGUGUCUCCUUGCUCCUCUUCCACCCUCUCCUCUUCCACCCUCAGUGGAUGAUAAUCUGAAGGAGUGUCUCCUUGCUCCUCUUCCACACUCUCCUCUUCCACCCUCAGUGGAUGAUAAUCUGAAGGAGUGUCUCCUUGCUCCUCUUCCACCCUCAGUGGAUGAUAAUCUGAAGGAGUGUCUCCUUGCUCCUCUUCCACCCUCUCCUCUUCCACCCUCAGUGGAUGAUAAUCUGAAGGAGUGUCUCCUUGCUCCUCUUCCACCCUCUCCUCUUCCACCCUCAGUGGAUGAUAAUCUGAAGACUCCUCCCUUAGCUACUCAGGAGGCUGAGGCGGGAAAACCACCCAAACCCAAGAGGUGGAGGGUGGAUGAGGUGGAACAAUCACCAAAACCCAAGAGGCGGAGGGUGGAUGAGGUGGAACAAUCAACAAAACCCAAGAGGCGGAGGGCGGAUGAGGUGAAACAAUCGCCCAAGCCCAAGAGGCAGAGGGAGGCCGAGACACAAUUACCCAAACCCAAGAGGCGGAGGGCGGAUGAGGUGGAACAAUCGCCCAAGCCCAAGAGGCAGAGGGAGGCCGAGACACAAUUACCCAAACCCAAGAGGCGGAGGUUGAGUAAGCUGAGAACACGCCAUUGCACUCAAGCCUGGGCAAUAAGAAUAAAUCCGUGGGUCGAAAAAAAGAAAAAAAUCAAAAAAUAAAACAAAACCCACACUCCAAAAACAAACUAACAAAGAAUAAAUAAAUAAUAUAAAAAUAAAAUAAA